UACAAACACUCUGUCAUCAGGACAUCAUGCCGAGAAUGCACUCUGAAGUCAGACAAUCUCCAUCGAUCUUCGUAUGAUUAAUUGCUCAAAUCUCCGCUAGCGCUAUGAAACUCCGCUAGCGUGCUGGGGACCCCACAACCCCCGUCAUUCAGACUGCGAUCUCCGAAACUCUGCGAUAUAGCAAGUUCGCCGUUAGCGGCCUUUGGUGACAUGCAGGCGGAGUUGUGCGGUCGCUAGUUGGAGUAAUCCUAAGCAUGAGGAAGGGCAAACCAGCAAGCGGUAUAAAAUGGGCUUGACAUCUGGAGCAUUGAAGUAUCAUCAACAUUCCGCUCGCGAUCCCUACAUCUACCAACGCAAAAUGUCGGCACAACAAGAGUCUCUCAGCCACUGGGUCACCAAACUCAACGAUACUCUAUUCAUCCAGCCCAACGAUGAACUUGCUCUCGAGGCCAUCAACGAUCAGGUCGAUCAAAGUCUUGUGACCAAAAUCAAUCACGAAGUCUACAAUUACGACCAAUUCAAACAAGGCCUACAGUACGUUCGUAGCACUUGCACCUCGAUCCAAGACGAGUUUUCCAUUGUACUGCAGUGGGAGAACAAGGAGAAGCCAGAUGGUGUGGUAGCGGUUCUAAGCAAGUGGAGGACCAAAGAUAAGGCGUCGGGCAAGGAGACUACAAAGUCUAAUGUGAUUCUUUGGGAGGUCAGAUGGAUCGAUGGGAAGCGCAAGCUUACAGGCCAAACAGAAGUCGAAGUCGCAUGAAAGGGAAACUCAAAUCUUACGUGGACGGCUACACCAGCAUAGCCUGGUCAAAAUCGACACCACUU